AGCGGCCCGGUGCUCUUCUGCGGCUUCGUCAUGUGCAUAAUCGCCUGGUGGUCGGUGUUCCCGGCCGUCGAGGCAGGCCUCCGCAAGAUCAACCCAACGCUCUACCACCGCCUCGACAGCGAGUCCCGCACCAGGAAGCUUCUCCCCAUGAUCAUGAUGGCGAUGCGUGUGGUGCUCGGUGUCCUCGUCACUUUUCCCUCGUGUUCCUACGCUGCCCUCACCACGCCUUGGGGCGUUGACAAGCAGCUCUCGCGCGCCGGCGACAUCUGCGUUGCGUCCCAGUUGACUGUGUGGGCGACUGAGCUGGGAAUGAUCAGAGACUACUCGCCCGAGUUGUUCGUGCACCAUCUUGUCUGCCUCCUGGUCUCGAUCAACGUGGUGCUCAGUCCACCGAUUCACCAGAUCAAGAUGCUGUACAUCUUGUUUGCAUCGCAGCUCGGAGAUCUAGGACCAGGGACGAUUGUCGUCCUCAAGAUGGCCGGACUGAGACCUGAAUCGUCUAAAGUAAUGUACGGCGUCGUGCUGGCGUCGACCUGCUGGCUCGUCAUGUCCAAAGUUGGCACUGGGUUUUGGUCCGUUGGAAACGCUCUGCAGUCCCCAUAUCAGAUUGCCGAUUGGGUCUGGGCAUUCUGUGUUCUAUUUUGGGCCUUGUACUCCCUCUUUGGAGCGUACCGGAACCUGAAGUGGCUCAAGAUGGUCAAAAGCAAUCCCCUGCGCCCAUACAGCAUCGUCUGUUUCAACAGGGUGACUCUCCCGACGUCCCACAUAUUCCUUGGGACGGCCUUUGGCACGACUCUUCUGUCUACGCUUUUCAUCUACGGCAUGAAUCACACCGAAUUCCUCACCUCCUCUGAUUUGACCAAGCUGCCUUUGCUUGGUCUGUUGGGAGUGGGCCUGGGUCUGACAAGUGCCAUGGGAAUGAGGGCUGUGUAUCCUGUCAAGGCUUCUGAAACAGACCCGUGGGGACGAGAUCUGUAUCUUCACUACGGGAUGCUCGUCGUCGCCGGGUGGACGUACUCCAUCUCCAGCUCAACGCUAGAUAUUGGGAAAUCGGCAAUCCUGGGUGCGCUGGCACUCAAUGUGCCUCUCUUUCAAGCCCUUGCCAAGGUUUCCUACUACUACUCCAUCAAAGACGCUGCAACACACUUCCUGCCUCCCGACCCUGAAGACGAAGAUGAGAAACCCAUCCUCGUGGCACCCGCCAUGGCCAAGCUUGAUAAAACAGCGACCAAGGCACACCUUGGGGUGGCUCGCGCAAACCUGACAGUCUUCCUCAUCUCCGUCGGGCUCCUGGCUUGCAAGGUCUUGAACCUGACUGAGGCUGGCACGUUGGCCUUGGGAGCCUCGCUUAUAAGCCAGCUAAUUCGGAGUCCUGGUAUGAUCUACGAUUCCCUUAGCGACUCAAAGGUUGCGCCCUUUCUACACGCCUUGCUUACGAGCGUAGGUGUUGCAAUUGAACUAUGGAUUCUUGUUUACGAGCUUGCUGCGCGUCAGCUGCGCUCCGACAACGCCUCCUACUCGGGCAUCAUCUCCGACUACGCUCUCAUCGGCGCCGUCAUUGCAGCUGGCUUCGCUUCGGAAGUACUCCUUGCGGGCAAGCAAAAGAUUCGCAGGCCAGCAUCGAAAUCCGCAGCACCUGAUGCCAGGCCCAAGAAGAGUCAAAUUGUGAGCCCCAUGGUCUUUUCCAUUCUCUGCGUCUUCGUCACACAAUGCUUCAUGGCGAAGGAGGUGAUUCGGUACUCCGGCCCGCAGGUCUUGCAAGACCCAGGUGUCUGGUUCAAAAACUUCCGGGACAUUCUUACCAGCCUGAAGGUAUGGGCGGCCGUCGUAGCCGCAGGUUCCAUGCCUGUGGUGUUGUUCAAGGCCCUA